GGAAUAUCCUGUCGAGUUUCUCAGUCUCUUGACCUACAGACCUUGCCAGCGCUGAGGUGAGAGGUGGGAAAUAACGGUUGCUGAUUUUUGGGGCGUCUCAAAGGGGCAUGCGGGCAUGAACCCGGCCCAGGGCGUUCAUCUAGAUAGAUUAGAUAUGUCGCCUUUUUUCCAUCCCGUCGUUUCCCAUGCAUUGUGUCCUGUCCUGUCCUGUAUACGGAAUAUUUGUCAUAUCUGUUGAAUGACUGGAUGUGUCCAGCAUUGGGGAAUUGGGUGGUGGUGGUGGUGAGAGGUCAAGAAUAGCCGUCAAACGGGUGAAGAAAAAAGAAAGAGAAAGAAAAGAAAAAAGAAAGAAAAGAAAAGAAAGUUAAAGCGAAAAAAAAAGAAAAAAAGAAAGCUUCUCCUGUCCGAUGAUUUCUCAGCCACACUCCCUCCCAUGUCCUCCGAGUGGACAGCAGCAUCCAGGGGGGAGGGAACGGGACGUGGGAAAAAAGCCAACCGGGAAGAGACAAAAGAAAAGCCGAAACGAAAAGCUAAAUAUUGAGACCGUCGAACAAGUGGUCCCUCUCUUUCUUUCUUUUUUCUUUCUUUUCUUUUUCUCUCUGUCAGUCUCUACUGUGCCGUGCCGUAGUUACCGGCUCCUCAAGGGCCUGUCAAAUUAUCAACCGAGAAAAAAAAAGAAAAGAAACGAAAAGAAACGAAAAGCUAAACAACACCGAAGACCAAAACCCGAAGGAAAAAGAACAAUUCUGUGCUGUAAUCUGUACAAGGAUGCGCCUUGUUCUCUUUUUUGUUCUCUCUCUUGUUGUCUGUCUUUCUUUAUCUCUCAUAGGAUAGUUAACUAGCUGUUCAUAUGGAAUUUCUUUUUUUCUAUUUCUUUAACACGGGCCGGAAGGUGUCCGCGUAGCCUACCUACCUGGGUAAAUAAAUAUUGAUUAUGUGGCCGUCAUAUGUCAUAUGUAUCCCAUUAUACGGAGUAAAUGAAAGGGACAUACUGCGUACAAAUGUAGAAUCAUGGUUCGAAUAUCAUGUCCAAUGUCCAUGUUCCGUGUACCUGUACGUACAGUACAUACAUCUAUCUGUACACCACAUUCAAUGACCGUGUGCAAUUAUGUGCAUUCCCGAAGACUCUAAUAACAAUAACCGGGGAACAGGGAAUAUGUAGUGGUUACAGGUACAAAAAUUCCAAGUUAUUAGUCUUCCUCUCCGAAGCGCAGAUUAUUUAAGCGGCGAUCCAAGUUUGUCAGACUGUACUCCGUAGGUACAGAGAGUUACAAGACUUUUCGACGCCCGCAAAAAGACCGAGAGAUUUAAAAGAAAAGGGAAAUACUGUAUGUAAUAUAAUAUUAUUAAGGGAUCCUUGAUCCCUCCCCCUCCACACAUCUAUAGUUACCCCGUCGAAGCAGCUGGAAGGAGCCAAUAAUUGCCGUCGUCGGAUAUAACGAGUGUUGUCUACGCUUAGGCCUGAUUGUAUGGAAGGGCUGAGGAUGACAGAUGCAUUAAGAAGUGAAUUCUUUUUUACAUACAGAGUACGUUCAGCCCUAUUUGAUCGAUGGAGCUGGGAGACGGAAUGCAUUUCCCCUGAUCACCACGGAGGCCCAGCAGUAUUAUCAAUAUCAACCAUCGCGGGCUCCGGCUCGAACACACACACACACACACACACACACACACAGCCACCACCAUCACCAUCACCAUCACAAUCGCGAGAGCAGAAAUGCCGGAGGUUGCCGGGUUGGUUUGACAGUACAGUAAUAAUAUUAAUACGGGACCAACUCAACUGCCAACAGCGCGAUCCCUUAUUAUUCCUAGCCGGCCCGCGAUCAACUGCAAAUCCUGCCAGGUUGCAGCAAAUCUCCACCACUAAUAGCUGAACGGUAAAUACUCAAAUGACGCCGCCCGCCGCCCGCCGCCGUUGUGUGGACUGUCUCCGCGGUAUUCUGCGGGCAAGGGUGUUUUGCAAAAAUUGAAAAAAAAUAACAAGCCGACUUUCCGAAUUUUUUUGGGAAUUUGGGAAUUUGAGAAUUUGGAAUUGGGUGUUAAUUUGCAAAAAAGAGGGAAAAAAAAAAAAAAAAAAAAGUCGGAUGGGAUGCUCUCGGGCGGCAGGGAUCAUCAACCCGUUAACCAACCUCCAGUGGAACGGAAGAGGAAAAAGAAAAGAAAAAGAAGAGAAAAAGAAGAGAAAAAGAAAAAAGACCCCGAGAGCCCUUGGAGAGAGAGAGAACCUUGGAAAAGCCACGAACCACCAAACGAGAGGCAGAAAGGAUAGAGAGAGACGCUAGGUUGUGCAAGGCCGGAGCAUUUUUUGCAAAUUAAUAAAUCGGUGGUCAGUGGUUUAAAAUCGUGCUGUAAAAAGAAAAUAAAUCCAAAUUUAUGCCAAAAAAAAAAAAAAAAUGAUAGAAAGAAAACAAGAGAAAAUAAAUAUGGACCAUCGGAGAGCGUGUUGAAAGGAGUCGUAAAUCCGUACCAAUGGAGCAAAGGAGCAUCAAUACUCCGUACAAUAUACUCCGUUAAUGCUAAUGCUUCUUCCUAUAGAUAGGUAGACACCAGGGUGAAUCGUAUCAAAAGGAAAAAAAGAAAAAGAGAUAACUAGACAAUAACACCAAGCCUGACCGUGGUGGCGCGGGCUUCUUUUUCUCAUUAUCAUAUUAUUUCCCUUCUCGAGUUAAUCUAUCUCGUCGUCUGCGUCUUCUGCCUACUGACAGACUGAUACUUCUGGGGAUCUGUCUUCGCCUCUUGGUCGUUCGUUCUCCCUGCCGUGCCCGCCCCACUCCGCCCCCCUUGAUCCCGAUCCCAGGCUGGAUGUGACACGGCUUCAGAUGGGCACCCGAAGGCAAGCUUGAGAUCCUCGUUUUCAUCCCGCGCCUCAAGAGACAGAAGAAAAAGGAAGAAAGACCAAAAAUAGGGGAGCCAUUCUUCCAGCAGCAAACGCACGUAGCCAGCACCAGAAACCUCUACUGCUACUUACUACUCUUACUACUACUCUUACUACUACUCUUACUACUACUACUUCUACUACCUCUACUACCUCUACUACUACUACUCUUACUACUACUACGACUAACCAAUCCCACAUCCCAUCCCAUCCAUCAAUCCCGUACGUCAACGUACGUAAACUUACUCCUCGGUCAACUAGUCUCUGGUAACUCCCUAUCUUUGCGCUGUCGGCGGAUAAGAAGGCGUCUGCUCUGCCCGCCUCUGUUUGCAUCUAUCUAUCUAUCCUCCUUGCAUUGGCGUCUAUCUGCGUUUCCAUUUCUUUCUCCUCUCUCUCUGUCUCUCUUUUCUUUGCGGGCUUCCUAGCUACACUACUUCCCUUUUUCUCUCUGCUCCCGGCUUCCAAGCCAGCCACGGACUGGAGAUAGCCUACAUCCAGAUUAGACUUUUGGAGGUGCAAUCGCAGUCCGCUCCGGUCUCCAAUCUCCCAGUCUGGGCCGCCGACCUCUUGGUACUACUUGUUCUGUACGUAGUUACUGUGUUGUGCUUCCUUCUUGACUACUACUAGCUAGUAGUUAGUUACUACGACUUUGCCGCAAACCACGUCCACGAACGAACCAUGUGCGCUUCCGGCAAUUUGGACUAGGUUGACCAGAUCUCUCUCUCUUCCUCCCCUUGGCUCGCGUCUUCUCCCUCUUCUUCUUGUCUCUAUUGUUUUUAUACUUUUCUCCUCCCUUUCUCUUUUCUCUGAUCUCAUCAUCUGCGUACCGUCCACCCUUCUUGUCCUCUUAUCAUCUUCUUGUUCCCCUCCUGUUUCUGUCAUCCCGCCCGAGUCAAGCCUUGGCAACCUUGCGCGAAAGAAGCCUUUUUUUUUUUUUGUUUCGCGACUUGACACCGCACUCCCUCCCUCAACUGCUUAACCUGUCGCAUCUGGGAACCUUGUACUUUGCAGGAGGCCAAAAAAGAAAAAAGGAAAAAAAAAAAAAAAAAAGAGGCCGAACUCUCUGUUCACGUUUGUACUGUGCCCAGUCGCGGCCUGUGGUCGACCAGCCUGCGCGCAACAUCGCAUCGCUGACCCCGAAACCGGCCGUUGUGCUGCUGCACCUUAAAUUGCGGCUUUUACCCCAACAGUUGUUACAUCCGCAACCUUUUACUACCCCAUUAUUAUUAUUAUUUCCCGCGUUUCUCUCAUUUCCCUCGAGUGUCCGGUUGUUUACUGGAAGUAAUUUUUUUUUUUUUUUUCUUUUCUCUUUUGUCUUUUUGUUCUGUAAUUUUCUUUCUUCUGCCUCGCUGCGGGUCUGAUUCGGUUUCUUUGUUACAUUGAACUCCCGACUGCAUUUUCUCGCCUUGCUGUUCGGAGGCGCGAAAGGAACAGCAAACAGACCAACCCAUUAUUUUUCCGGGUACGAACGCUAUUAAACAUUACUCCUCGGGAAAAGGGAAAAAAAAAAGAAAAGAAAAGAAAAGAAAAGAAAAGGAGGACUCUUUUCCCGACACUUCCCCAUCACAGGGAUUCAGUGGAGAUAACGCUUGGUAAAUCAUCGAGGGGCCUUUUUUCUCCCAAGGGUUUCACGGAAUACAACCACCACCGUGGAGAAGAGAAAAGAGCAGCCCGCAUUGAAAAUGCGUUCUAGCAUCGCUUGCUCUCGGUGCAGGCGAAGCAAGAUCAAAUGUGUCAAUGCGGGUAUCGAUACUACUUGUCGGGCAUGUGAAUCCUCGGGGAGGGAAUGCGCCUAUCCGACUCCCGCUCCGGCAGGCGGUGGAGGUGGCACGAAGCGCGACAUCGUUGCCACCGGGGAUGGAGAUGACCGGAAUGGCGAGUGGGAUAGCCCCAAGCGUCAGCGUUCAAGGAAGUCCACGAAUGCUGCACCCGCAGGAGCAAAGGAUGUCAUCAAACCAACCGCCGCUCACGUACUAGAUUCGUCCAUCUUGACCGUCAAAGUCUGGGAGAGCCUAUUCGAACUCUUUCAGUUGCAUUUCUCCACCAUCCUCCCGUUUUUACACCCGUCCACCUUUCUCGCUCAGAUCCGCCAGCUUUCCGCGAACUCAGCGCAACAGGAUGGCCAACCAUCCGGUGACCACUCGCAGAGCCCAGUUCCAGCUUCGGAGGCUUCUCCAUUGAUUCUACUAGGCGUUCUAACCCUGACUGCUCGAUUCCACCCACAGUUAACUCACUAUCACUCUCCCCCAUCACCCGUUGCGCCAUGUAACCCUCUCGUAGCCUCUGAUUUUUUUGCGAACGCACUACGAUCGAGACUCGCGGGUAUUGAUGGAGUGGACCUUACGUCAACCGACAUCAGUCGGGUUCAGGCCCUCCUCAUGCUAAGCUUACACGAAUGGGGAAUGUGCAGGGGUAAAAACGCUUGGGUUUAUCUUGGGAUGUCAAUCAGACUGGCUCAGGUGAUGGGCUUGGCUUUCGAGCCGGAGAGUGAUCAGCAGUCAUCACAUAAAACAUCCUCUUCGGGCUUGUUUAACGCAGAGGUAGAACAACGCGACCAGAGGGACCGUAAUUCGGACGACGUGAUCGAACAGGAGACUAGACGGCGGACUUUCUGGAGCUGUCUCAUGCUAGAUCGAUACCUCAGCAAUGGCAAAUAUCGUCCUCGCAUGAUCAAGGUUCAGGACAUAGAGAUCCAGCUUCCUAGCGACAAUGCAUUCGCUUUCGGUGAGAGAGUCAAAACAUCACGUUUGUAUGAUGGCCCCAAACUCCGUUCUCAAAGCUACGAGCAGCGAGGCCUUCAGAUUCCCAGCUUACGCCAUAGUACGGGUUAUGGGGAGGACUCGAAAUUACGCACCAGUGGGCCGUCAGAUCUGAAACAAUGGUCGUCAACUAGUCAACGAAACGAAGUAACGGAAAAUGGUAUUGAUCGAUGGGAAGUGGGUGCGGAGGAGUGCGUAUUGAGUAGACUGAUACGGAUGGUCAGAAUCUGGGGCAGCAUCGCAAAAUGGUCGAGCUCUGGCAAUAGAAGGAUUGAUCAAUACCCUCCAUGGCAUCCCGAUUCUCGCUUCAGCUCUCUUCGACAACUUCUAGUCGAGUUCCAGGAUGGUCUCUCCCGCAAUUUACAGUACACCCAGCGCAACACCGACACUCAUAUUAUGUACAAAAACAAUUUGGCACCCUACUCACUUAUCCACAUUCUCUACUUCCUAUCCGUGAUCGUACUGCACAGGGCGUACCUGCCAUUCUUGCCGUUGAGGUGCGCUGAUCCGCAGGGACCUCUCGACGAGCCGUGUUUCCCAUCCGAUAAAUAUCUUGUGCCUGAGGGGUUCUGGCGGGAAAGUGCUCGAGAUUUGUUCAAAGCAGCGCGCCAACUGAUGGAACUUGUCAAAAUGUGUCAAGAACGUGGGGUAUUAAUGGAGACUCCUGUGGUCGGUUUUGCUAUAUAUAACGCUGCGCUCCUUGGUAUUUACGCUGCUCAUUUUAACCAGAUGGACCAAGAAGGUUACAUUUGCUCGAAACCGGGCUCGACAGAUGUUGUUCCGGGUCUAGGUUGUCAGGGACAAAUUGACGUACGGAGAGCCAUUGAAAUUCUAGGGGAGAUGAGACCACGGCUGAAAAUGGCUACUGGGUGGUUCCGGACCAUUCACCGCGUUCAUGGCUAUUUUUCCAGAGCCAGGCGGGAUUUUAAACGAAGUUCCCGACACCUAGACAUGCUAGGUGCUGGGCCUGGCCCCGAAAACGACCUUCGAACCAGUAACGGACGCCCUUAUGGCGUACGAGAAAUGGGACAUGCAGGCUCAUUUGACGAGCUGAAGCUCUUGGACAAGGUCCUCCUAGACCUUGGUAACGCAGAAGAUCAGGUGGCGGAUAUUAACGGGCCGGAUGAAGAUGGCACAACAGCUUCGGCGAAUUUGGUGGAACGAGGUGGUGCAGCCAGUGAAGUUGGCAGCACUGCCGUGAAAAGCGAAUCCGCGGAUGGUCUGGACUCUCAUGCCGAUGGGGUUGCUGGUGCCCUCAGAGAAUCAUGGGUACCUGUCAACAGCCUUAACAGCCCAGUUCACGGACCACCACAACCACCACCAUCCUCCGGAUCAGAACACGACCGUCCCAGACCGCUCGAGAAUGACCGCUGGACCAGCCUGCCUCCUCCCCAACCACAAUCCUACCCCCUCCCCUCAUUACAGCCGCCGCAUAGCAUACCAUCGUCAACCGCAUCACAUAACCCACCGCCAUCCCUAACAUCCCCCGGCUCCUACGCCUCCUCCACCCCAAGCACAACUGCACCACCUACCAACCCCCAACAGCUCCCCGCACCCUCUAACCGCCUCCAACCCCUACAGCCAUGGAUUACAUCCCGCCAACCGGCGCCCGCCCCUUACUCGCAAUCUCUACCAUCCAUCAACGCCGCCGCGCACCACGGUUUCCCUAUGCCACCACUCCCAGGCGCACUACCGUUCCACCUCAACCCGCCGAGACUCGAUGCUCCAUCGCGCCCGUAUUCCGCCGGCAGCGGGAAAAAUAUCGGUAGCGGCACCGGUAGCAGCAGUCCUGGCUGGAUGAGCUGUCUUGGGGGUGACGAUGUUCUCAUGUUUAUCGAGGGGACUAGUCAAGACCAAUGGCCUUCCUCGGUAGCCGGUUCACGAGGGCUUGCGAAUGGUUGGUUGAGUACCGUCUGGUGUGAACAGGGCCAGUGAACUGAAGUGGGUGAGGGGGUGGAAUGAAGGGCGCUCUUGAUCCUUCCUACUCUAUUCUUUCCUCUUUGUUUAUGCCACGUCUCCCUGCAUUUGUUUUCUAUUUUCUAUUUCUUUCAUUUUAUAUGAUUUUAUAUGCGUGGACUUCGGCGUCGGUGGCUCUCUCAGAGGCCCCCUUUUAAUUACGGGUAUAGGCGAAUGGUUUUCCCAUUUUAUUUAUAUUCUGUUUGUGUUAUUAGCUUGGUUUUGGGUGUGUUCUUUUCCCCAGGGUACAAUUUCCGAGCAAAAGGGAAAGGGGGGUAUACGUUUUGCGUGUUUCUUUCACAGAUUUCUUUUCUUUUCUUUUCUUUUCUUUUCUUUUCUUUUUUUUUUUUUGGUUGCAAAUUGACAUGGCCCCCUCUUGUUUUAACAUGGUCCUUGGUGUGUCUUUAUCAACCGAUAUUUCUCUUCGUGCACUCCUGUUUUAUUAACAUUAUAUUAUUUUUAUUUUAUAUUUGUUAUAUUUUGAUGCAUGUUUACAGUAUAUGGCAGUAUGGCACAGCCUUUGAUUCAUCUACUUGGGCUCCGACUCCAUUCUUCUUACACCAUUUUUAUGCAGGAUAAUGAUGUGUUUACUUUCUGCGUUAUGUUAUUUUGUUUUUGUUAAUUGAUGUAGUUUACUUACCCGGUUGUAUUAUGGUUUCAGCUUUAUUUCUACGUUAUGUUAUUAUUCUACUUUAUUCUACUUUACCAUCUAUUUUCCGUGUAAGGUUACAUAUGCAUGUUUUUCCAGCUCUGAAUGUUUUCUUCAUGUGUCACUAUUUCCAUCCACAUCAAGAAAGAAAAGUAGAUAGAUGAUAAUAUUCGUUAUUAUUCACCCGCCUUCCUCA